GAAGAUCAGCAAUCUAAGGUUUGGGUACAUUUUAUUAAAGAACAUAUUAAAAAUUCUAAAGGCUAUUUUUCUGUUAAAUGUUUGUACUGUCCCAAAAAAUUUCAACAUGGAGAAGCAUCAAGACUUGUGGCUCAUUUAGCAAAAUAUUGGGUGUGA